CAAUUGUCCUCGUAUCAGGAGAUUGGAACGGGAACGCUCAGUGGCGGCAAGACGUGUUGGGGUAUGAUGUGAAAGGCGACCACCGUGAGCAUCGAAUGGCGCCUUUCCUCACGGACAAUGUGUUGUGGGACGUGUACUUGCGGGUCAGCCUGCCGAUGAAUGAUAAGGAUAGAAAUACGAUUUUUUCGGGAAAGGUGUUGGAUGGAGUCCCGUUUAGAGAGCAUCACCGCAGAGAGGCGCUUUUGAAUUUGACCGUCCCAAAUCUGUGCCGACUGUAAGUUUCAUCAGCUUCGGUGUGCUGUUUCCGGUUUCAGGAGACCUGGUCUUUUGCAGUAUUGAUACGCUCUUGUUUUGUCCGAUAUGAUACGUAGGAAGAGGGAAGACCGCUUCACAGCCACGACGGUCUUCCUUCCGUCCGGGCACGGUCAUAAUCUGGACGACGUCUUCCACCUACGCGUUCCCUGGGGCGAUGCGAGAGAGUCCUGUGAGGUGGAUCGGAAGGACAUAGCGUAUGUGCGGACGGAUGACCUCCUCUAUUGGCCGCCGGCAUUGCCGGUCCCCGGUUCUUCAAGUCCGCCAUUUCUACUAACCCGGCUAUCCAUCGACGUAUUUUCGGAGCGCGAAAUAUUAGCCCAUGAAAAAGUGGUACGAUGGUUGGACGAAACCGGCAUAGAGCGAUUCCCUGUAAACGGGAGCACGUUCCAGAAGGACGCCGUGAGCAGGACAAAAAAAGACCACCCAGCUUGCUCAUUUGCUUACGUGCAAUUGUACGACCGGUCCUGCAUGGUGAGAGACGGACAUUCAAGCACAUGGCAAUAUUUUCCUGACUUCGUUAAUUAUGGCUGUCGAGUUCGUCCGCUUGACCUUGUUCGGCUAAAGGAGUGCAAUGGUGUGUCGGGGAACCCAGGAGCAGUGAUCAACUCCAUCUACCCGCUUCGGCUUCGAAUUAUACGUUCCCCGGAAAUGUACCUUACCGCGCUUCAGAAUAACGAAAGCAACUCCAUGCCAUGGUACCGUUCCGCUGAUGAUCCAACUACUCUGAGGCUUCAGGAAGACCGGGAGAUGCACAACAAAAUGUUCGGAGACACUGCAUCGUGGAAGGAGUACGCGACCGUCCAAAUCAAGAUAUACACCGGGCAUGCCAUGCUGAUUGCCGUAAUCAUGCACAACACUUACUGGUUUCGCCUCAAUUCGACGGUUGGACUAAGCCGCGAGUCCAUCUUCCUAACCACAAUGAUGUUGUUUUGGGUCCGGAUUCUCAACGGUACCUCUCACCUCAACUGGAUUGCGUACAUCGCUUUCGGUCUCAGGCUGCGCGCGGCAUUGCAUCCCUACAUCUGGGUGUCACGACGUGGGGUCAAGUGGGGCUGUCAUGAACUGCAGGAGAAUGAGCGCAGGAGUCAACGGAUGGAUGAGCAAGUCGGAUGGCGAACCAGAUGGGCGAUUGUUCUUGCAGUGGUCCUGCUCAAGCCGCUUUGCGAACAGAUUCACCUACCCUCGCCCCUAACCCCGCGCGGCGUUUGGGAGUUUUAUCGCAAACAAACGCAAGUUACCACCGCAGGGUUCAUCUUUGACAGCUUGCAAGCAAAUUUCAACUCCCGCACGAAGCUCUUUGCUGGAUCUUACAAAGUCGUUAGAAUUCUCGAUGGGUUGGCAAUGUUGGUGAUGAUUGUCCUGGAGGACACCACGGCGGGGUUUCCGUGGCCAACGGCGCUUUUGACGGUCGUUCAUGUGUAUCAGGCGGUGAUUUAUCCGACGCCAUCGCAAGCGGCUGGAUGGGCAGACGAGGCGCACCGAGACUAAAGUCCCGUGGGCAUCUUUUCUCCACGCGGUUAGCAUUGUCUGCGGAGUCUAGGAAGGGAACCUGUUGCUAGGUACUAGGUGGACAUGGGAGGCUAGCUCGCUC